AUGGUGAAGACAGCGGUGCGGGGAAUGAGCACAGCUGCCAAACUUCAACCUCUGAGCAAUUUUCUGAACGGAGAACCUCACAGAAAACACCCGGGAGUCACAAAUAUGAAAACUCUGCGUUUACCGGAACAGCUGCAGGCGGCCGCUCGCUCCAUCAUUCACAGAGCUCAGAUAAAGAGUCUGGAUAAAAAGGCUCAGAAUCUGGUGAACUUCAUCUGGAGCCGGAAGAGGAAGAUGGAGGACGGCGUUCUGAGGCAGAAGGCGCUGGAGCUGGAGAAGGAGGAGUGGAGCAAAGCCACAGAGAAGCAUCCUGAUGUUGACGAACAGCUUUUAGAAGAGCGCGUCCAGAAAAAAGUGCUGUCGGAGCUGAGGAGAACCACGUACCACUGGAGACAACUCAAGUUCGAUGAGGAGAUGGGGGUGGUCUACAUGACGGCUCGUUUGGCCGGAGGCUACGCUGCAGUGAGACGAGCUCUGAACGAGAUAAAGAAGAGAGACGACUCCUUCGCUCCUGAGUCUCUCCUGGACUUUGGUUCUGGUCUGGGGACAGUGGCCUGGGCGUCACACUCAGUUUGGCCGGAGUCUUUGAAGGAGAUGGUUUGUGUGGACAGCUCCAGCUCCAUGAACGCUUUAGCAGAACGCCUUCUCAGAGGCGACGAUGAAAACGGAGAGCCACACUUCAAACACGUGUAUUUCAGACAGUUCCUCCCUGUGUCUCCAAAAGUUCAGUUUGACUUGGUGUCCGCCGCCUUCACUCUCUCAGAACUUCCCAAAGCCGCAGACCGAGAGGACGUCCUGUUUACUCUGUGGAGGAAGACCAGCAAGUACCUGGUGCUGGUGGAGAACGGGACCAAAGAAGGACAUCAGAUCCUGAUGGAGGCCAGAGACGCUUUACUGAACAAACAAGAGCAGAUCGUCUUCGACCCCAGACCUGCUUCAACCUUUGCUCCUUGUCCUCAUGACCUGAUGUGUCCCAAAAUGUCUCAAAAACCUCUGGUCCCGUGUAACUUCCAACAGAGAUACCACACGCUGUCUUUGCCGGGGCAAAUGGCUCAUCUGACGGAGAAGUUCAGUUAUGUGAUUCUAGCCCGAGCUGAAGCCAAAGACCCGGAGCCAGACUACAUGGGAGGUGAGGAGGAGGGAGGAGAAGGAGGAGGGAGGGAGGGGGGAGAGAUGUGUGAGGAGGGGGAGGAGAAGGAGGAGGGAGGGAGGGGGGAGAGCUGUGUGAGGAGGAGGGAGGAGAAGGAGGAGGGAGGGAGGGGGGAGAGAUGUGUGAGGAGGGGGAGGAGAAGGAGGAGGGAGGGAGGGGGGAGAGCUGUGGAUGUUUACAGAUGUGCACGCAGCAGUGACUGGGGAGACCAGGUCCCUCUGAUCCAAGGGACCAUGGACCAAGACCAAGAGAGCCACGGCCACUCUGAAGACCUGGGUCACUCUGAAGACCUGGAUCACUCUGAUCCAAGAGAGCCACGAGCCACGGUCACUCUGAAGACCUGGGUCACUCUGAAGACCUGGGCCACUCUGAUCCAAGAGAGCCACGGUCACUCUGAAGACCUGGGUCACUCUGAAGACCUGGGCCACUCUGAAGACCUGGGCCACUCUGAAGACCUGGGCCACUCUGAAGACCUGGGCCACUCUGAUCCAAGAGAGCCACAAGCCACGGUCACUCUGAAGACCUGGGUCACUCUGAAGACCUGGGCCACUCUGAAGACCUGGGCCACUCUGAUCCAAGAGAGCCACAGUCACUCUGAAGACCUGGGUCACUCUGAAGACCAGGGUCACUCUGAAGACCUGGGUCACUCUGAAGACCUGGACCUCUCUGAAGCCCAGGGUCACUCUGAAGACCAGGGUCACUCUGAAGACCUGAGUCACUAUGAAGACCCGGGUCACUCUGGAAAAAGAGAGCCAGGGUCACUCUGA